UUCGCUCAUUGAUGUCUGAACCGCCUUGAGACCCUCUAUCUCUCUCUCUAUCUAAGCACAGUUCAUCUGUCGAUAUACACGCAUAAAAACCAUUGUCAAAUUUCAAUCCAGGAGUAGUUAAAGGAGCUAAAAAAAAUCAAGAGAUAUGUCUUCCCCAAGCAAACGCAGAGAAAUGGAUUUGAUGAAACUGAUGAUGAGCGAUUAUAAGGUGGAGAUGAUCAACGAUGGGAUGCAAGAGUUCUAUGUGGAGUUUCAUGGGCCUAAAGACAGCCCUUAUCAAGGUGGUGUGUGGAGGAUAAGAGUGGAGCUUCCAGAUGCUUAUCCAUAUAAAUCUCCUUCAAUUGGUUUUAUCAACAAGAUAUACCAUCCAAAUGUUGAGGAAAUGUCGGGCUCAGUGUGUUUAGAUGUCAUAAAUCAGACAUGGAGUCCUAUGUUUGAUCUAGUAAAUGUGUUUGAAGUCUUUCUUCCGCAACUUCUUUUGUACCCAAAUCCAUCAGAUCCUCUGAAUGGAGAGGCAGCAGCUCUAAUGAUGCGGGAUCGCAAUGGUUAUGACCAAAAAGUUAAAGGAAUUCUACCUCGGGUAUGGAUGGAGGAGAAGAUGGAGAGUGUGCAAUGA